AUGAAGAUUGUGAUUUUGGCCUUGUUUGUUGCUGGGGCGUACGGCUGCGGCCUGCCAACCUACCCUCCUGUUGUGAGCAGAGUGGUCGGAGGAGUGGAUGUCCGCGAGCACAGCUGGCCCUGGCAGGUGUCGCUGCAGUACCAGAGUGGCAGCAACUUCUACCACACCUGUGGAGGUACUCUGAUCUCCAGCGAGUGGGUCCUGACUGCUGCUCACUGCAUUGGAAGUCGUACCUACAGAGUGUACCUGGGCAAACAUGACCUGACAAAAAAUGAGGCCGGCUCCAUCGCAAUCAGCCCCGCUAAAAUCAUCGUGCACGAGAACUGGGACUCUGCCAGAAUCCGCAAUGACAUCGCCCUGAUUAAGCUGUCCACCCGCGUGGACUUCACUGAUGCCAUCCACCCCGCCUGUCUGCCCCUUGCUGGGAACGUGCUGCCCAACAACUACCCCUGCUAUGUCACCGGAUGGGGUCGCCUCUGGACUGGAGGUCCCAUUGCUGACAUCCUGCAGCAGGCCCUCCUCCCUGUGGUGGACCAUGCCACCUGCUCCAGGUACGACUGGUGGGGCAGUCUGGUCACCACCAGCAUGACCUGUGCCGGAGGAGACGGACAACUGGCCAGCUGCAACGGAGACUCCGGUGGUCCUCUGAACUGCAAGGGUAGUGAUGGUGCCUGGGAGGUUCACGGUAUCGUCAGCUUCGGCUCCAGUCUGGGCUGCAACUACCCCAAGAAGCCCUCUGUCUUCACCAGGGUCAGCGCCUACUCCUCCUGGAUCAACAACGUGAUGACCACCUACUAAGAAGUGGAUUGGUUUUCAUAGUCAUGUUUGUCGUUGCACAAAAUAAACAGACUGACCAAAUUG